AUGAGCCCGUGGGCUGUGAUGUGCCUCGCUCGAAGUUCGGAGAUUCUAGUAAAGCCGUUUCGUUGGCUGGCGGCACCAGCACUGCUGGUGGAUGUGGUGAAUUUUUGCCGAAUGAAUUAUUCGACGCAUGAUUGGAGGGCAUGGGACGAUGGGCAUUCACGGGUGCCCGAUCCUCGGCACAGCUGGUUACGAGACGGCACUGGGCACUGGGCACUGGGGGAUGCCCCGAAGCCGCUGUGGCUGCCUUGCUGUCGAGCCCUGAAGGCAUCUGGUCCGCGUCCAAUGUCGGAACCUGACGCUCAUGUUCCGAUCAGUGACCGGCACAGGCACAGCUCGGAGACCCCCUGUGCCGCUGUGGCUAGUGGGUGCCCCGAGUGUGGCUGCAGAUGUCCGGUGGCUGAUAUCGCGGGAUUCCGGGGCAACGAAGAUCCGGUUCCCGUACUGUGGAACUCAAUAGAAGCGACGUCAUCUUCUGUGGAGUUUGCAGCGCACACAGACUGCCGUUGUGACGGAAACAGUGGGCAGCUUGAUCCUACGAUGUAUGAUGAGUGCCACUGCAUUCGAUGUUGCAGACGGAUGCAGCCAGCUUUGGCCAUGUCAUUCUCAUACAUGUAUCGACAAGUCUCCAGAUUAUUACUGUCGAAUCGAAAAAUGUCCCCAACUUUGAGGCCUAGGCCGAGUCCAAUGCUACUGUAUUGCACUUGUCCCUCUCCUGGCCACGUAUCGACAAUCAAUGGUUUGAAGCCCUUUUGGCAUCAUCGGCCAGCUGAGGGAGAGGCUUGA